AACUUUUUUUUUGUGUGUGCAAAACACCCAGAACAAGCCACAAGAGGGAAAAAAAUAGCCUAAAGCAGCCAAUCCUACACGAUGAAGCUAUAACAGGAGCUAACUGAACAUUCAUUGGGACUUGUAUUGUUUUAUGGGAAAUAUAUUCCUUUAGAUGUACUAUGGCGGUAGUAUCCUAUGAGUACAGUCAUAUGCUGCAUGAUAUCCCUCAGAACAUCGGUAGCAGCGUUAUCCCAGGGCCUGCCGCAGAAGAGACUACACUGCCCCCUAGUGGUUAUUGUGAUCCCCUCCACACCUUCCAUGUAUCUCAGUUCAAACAUGAGGAGGACUACUGGGACUGUGAAUUCCUGCAAAAUAACUUUCUUCAGCCUCCUGCAAGUGCCAUGGCCAACUAUUCCCCACAGACGACUAUCAGCCAAAGUCAUUUCCAGGCAUUUGCAGAAGCAUGGGGAACUGAAAUGUCCAAUCUUAUAUUUAUGCCCUCAGAUAACCCCCCUGACCAACCCCUGCCCUUUGUUCCUGGGACUCCAUUAGACUGCUAUGGCAGUUCUGAAGAAAGCAGUAUGGCCUCUGGGCACCACAUGGCAAUAUCUGAGACCGGGGCACUUAUCAAUGAUGGUCAGCUGAGCCAAGGCACCAUACACAACAAUGACUAUGUGCAACACUAUAUGAGAUAUUUUUACCCACAACCACCAAAGCCUGACCCAAUGCCAGCUACUGAACCCAGUACUCACUUCAAAACACACCCGGUGCCAAUUCUGCCAAGGACUUUUACUGACAACCUAAUGUGUUCAUCUAUGAAUCCUGCAAAAUGCUCUACAACCUCACAGUAUGUCCCGUCACUUCCCAAAGGAAAGAGAUCCAAACAUAGACGGCCCAAUUCAAACAAAACGGCUAUAAGCCACAAGUGCCCAUACACUGGUUGUGAAAAGUCGUACACAAAGAGCUCACACUUAAAGGCGCAUCUCCGCACACACACAGGGGAAAAGCCUUAUGUGUGCGGAUGGGAUGGUUGUUAUUGGAAAUUUGCCCGUUCCGAUGAGCUCACUCGCCAUAUACGUAAGCACACCGGUGUCCGCCCAUUCCAAUGUAAAAUGUGCCAGAAGAAUUUUGCUCGCUCGGAUCACCUGGCUCUGCACAUGAAGCGGCACAUAGUGAACAUUAGUCAACCAAUAUGACCAAAUCAAUAAAAAUGUCCAGCAGAAGUUGUGAUAUAUUGUGAACAGGUGUGAAUGGACAAUAACAAUGUUACAGGACAAGCUAUGGCAUUUUUAUGUACAUAAAUCAACUUGUAUGUGGCUGGUCAGAGGUGUUUGUUUUUGAGUAAUUAUACGAACAUUUAUGUUUAUUUUCCCUUUUAUGAUGACUUUUUUAAUGGUUUAACCAGAUGGCGGCAGAAAAUAGUGUCUUCUUCUGAAUCACUGUAAGCUCAAUCACCCGCCCCCGAAGAGGCACGGCCUUGUCACUUCCUGUUCAGGUGACACCCGGGGUGUUGCCGUGAGCUGAACUUUCCUUUUCCCAUCUCCGGUGUACAAUCACCAAUGCCUAGUGUAUUCCCUGAAGGGAUGAUUACAGAUACCAUUAACAACCCAACAGAAGGUCAAACCCAUCCCUACUUCACUAUGACAAAGAUUCUGCUUGAGUCCCACUUUUAACUAUAUCUCUAAAUAGAAGCUGUCUUAUGGGGAUAUGAAGACUGGGGGCCAGAUCCAC